UUAAAGAAACAUACGUUGACUCAUACUGGAGAGAAACCUCAUAAAUGUGAUAUUUGUAGUUUUUCUGCUGCAAGUAAAAGGUAUCUGGUGAUUCACAAACGAACUCACACUGGAGAAAAACCGUACCCAUGUAGUUUGUGUGACUAUAGGGCUAAUCAAUCAAGACAAUUGAAGAGACAUAUGUUUGUUCAUACUGGUGAGAAACCUUACCCAUGUAGUUUGUGUGACUAUAGAGCUACUCAAUCAAGCUUAUUGAAGAGACAUAUGUUGACGCACACUGAAGAGAAACCUUAUCCAUGUAGUUUGUGUGACUAUAGAGGUAGCCAAUCAAGCGAUUUGAAGGUACAUAUGUUCACUCACACUGGAGAGAAACCUUACCCAUGUAGUUUGUGUGACUAUAGAGCUACUCAAUCAAGCUUAUUGAAGAGACAUAUUUUGACGCACACUGGAGAAAAACCUUAUCCAUGUCGUUUGUGUGACUAUAGGGCUAAUCAAUCAAGCAUAUUGAAGGUACAUAUGUUGACUCACACUGGUGAAAAACCUCACAAGUGUGAUAUUUGUAACUAUGGUGCUGUAAGUAAAAGAGAUCUUAAUAAUCAUAAACGAUCACACUUUAGCUCUAGAAAGACACCUCACAAGUGUGAUAUUUGUAACUACUCUGCUGCAAGUAAAAUUGCUCUUUAUAAUCACAAACGAUCCCACUCUAGCUCUGGAGAAAAACCUCACAAGUGUGAUAUCUGUAGCUAUCCAGCUGCAACUAAAAGUAUCCUGGUGACUCACAAACGAAAACACACUGGAGAGAAACUUUACCAAUGCAGUAAAUCCACCAGUUUAAAGACAAAUAUCUCGACUCAUAGUCAAACUGAAUUACAUUUUAAAUGUGAAUUAUGCGAAUUUUCAGCUGUAACGAAAAGUCUUCUUGUUGCUCACAAAAAAACUCACCCAGAUUUGCAACCGUUUGGCUGUGAAAUUUACUGUGGCUAUAAAGGCAAAACGAAAAGUGAUUUAAUUGAACAUAUUUUGGAGGUGCAUGGUCAAUGA